GAAAUUGUGAGGCUAGAAAGUGUUGCUGACUUUUGAAGUCUAUGAGAAGUCCCCACUCCACCCAGGGAUGAGAGAGAGAAAACUAUGAAACCUCAAAACAGCUGUAUGAAAUAAUCAAACAAAGUGUGUCAGCAUAGCAAUAAAACAACUACAAAACUGCAAAGUCAAUAAGGGCAACCUUUGCCUUUUGUUCUCAACAACAACCAGACGAUUUGCAGAAGAGUUAUAUGUUGAGUGAUAGAGGAGGAAGGUGAGGUGGGGCUGAAUUAUUAAAUGGCUUGUUUCUGUUGCUUCGACUCUAAGGUGGUUGGAGGAAACUCUUCAUGUAGCUCUGGCAAGGGUAAGGGCCAUCAGUGCUCAGUUAAGUAUGGCUUUAGCCUAGUUAAAGGGAAAGCAAACCACCCAAUGGAGGACUACCAUGUAGCGAAAAUUGCCAAGUUUGGCGAGCGGGAAUUAGGACUUUUUGCUAUAUAUGAUGGACACUUGGGGGACACUGUGCCGGCCUAUUUACAAAAGCAUCUCUUUUCUAAUAUCUUGGAGGAAGAGGAUUUCUGGACUGAUACAGCCAGUUCCAUCAUUAAAGCUUAUGAGACAACAGAUCAGGCCAUUCUUUCUCACAGUUCUGAUUUGGGGAGAGGAGGAUCAACUGCAGUGACAGCAAUUCUUAUUAAUAAUCAGAAGUUAUGGGUAGCAAAUGUUGGAGAUUCACGAGCUGUUCUGUCAAGAAGAGGGGAAGCCAUACAGAUGACCAUUGAUCAUGAGCCCAAUACUGAAAGGGGCAUCAUCGAGAACAAAGGCGGCUUUGUCUCUAACAUGCCAGGAGAUGUUGCAAGAGUGAAUGGGCAGCUUGCAGUUUCUCGAGCAUUUGGAGACAAAAACCUAAAAUCACACCUACGAUCUGAUCCUGAUGUGCAACAUGUUGAUAUUGACUCAGAUUCUGAGCUUUUGAUACUUGCUAGUGAUGGUCUUUGGAAGGUAAUGGGAAACCAAGAGGCAGUUGAUAUUGCAAGAAGGGUAAAAGAUCCACAAAAGGCAGCGAAACAACUAGUUGCUGAGGCAUUGAGCAGAGAGAGUAAAGAUGAUAUUUCGUGCAUUGUAGUUCGUUUCAAGGGAUGAAAAACGGAACACAGCAUAACUACUACCUAAAUUUUCAUGGUAUAUAUUAGUCAAUCUUGACUUCCAAUAUCCCUUCCAUUUGUUGGGAGAUCUCAUGAAAUUCAUUUUCUACAACAUAGGUUUUGCUCAUUCCUCUGUAAAAUUGAAGCUCUUCAAAUUAGGCGGUGCCAUUUAGUAUCUCAUGAUUUGUUUUCUGUAGAUUAAUAGCAUAAUUUUUCUUUUGUAAUUUGCAUUAUUAUUUGUGGCAGUGUGGAGAUGGACAUAGUUUUUACAUUUGAACGAAGGAGUUUUGCGUUUAUCAUAAACAACAU